AACACGUUUCUCUAGAAGUCAGACCGCAUCCUGACUUCUACGAAAUGUUUUGAAUAUUUACACCCCUUGAACCUCCUCCAUACGACUUUCAACCAACCCAGAGCGAGUGGAGUUGACAUGAAAGUCGUCUGACAAGGAUACGAAUGUUAUUUUUAGAUGACUGACAGGAGAAAACGGUAUAAAACGGCCCGCGUUCCCCGCGCCUUCAGACAGCCGACCCGGGAGGAACAGGUGGUGGUGAGAGCAGGAUCAACAAACUUCUGGUGUCACACACUUGGCGAGAUUUCGGGAGAAGAAAACUCAUCAUGAGGGUCCUCUGUGCCAUCUUCCUCGGAAGCACGCUCCUUCUCACUGUCAGCAGUGCAGCUGUCAGUGACGACAUAAAGGCAGAUGUGGCCGAGAAUGCGGACGCCAGCCUUCUCCAGUUACUGAAAGAAGUAACAGCAGACAGCAGCACACAGCAAGGAGCUUCCGAUGAAGUUGGGAGCAUUCUUGAUGAUCUUCGGGAAAUAGCAGAAGAAAACGACCUUGUUCCUAUGGAAACUGAUGACGGAACUAACAUGACGAAAGGUUGUGAGGGGCAUCAGGACGGAGAUCAGUGGGGCACGCCUGAGCAUGAGAACUGUUACUGCCACGGACAGCACCGUUUCUGCUAUCGUGCUGACGAUGAAUGUGUUUUUGAGAGUGUCCGUGACUCCAAUGGUCUCUGGGAUUGUCCUGAUGGGUGGUCAUCAGAAGACGAAAACGGCCUUGACCUUGAGGGAACUGACCUUGAGGGAACUGACCUUGAGGGAACUGACCUUGAGGGAACUGACCUUGAGGGAACUGAAGACGCAGCAGAGGCUCCUCUUAUUGCAGAAGAAGAAAGGGGUCUUGCCCGCGGGGUAGCAGAUGACAUACUUAUCAAGACGAAGGGUUGUCAAGACCAUCAGGUUGGAGACCAGUGGGGUACGCCUGAUCAUGACAACUGCAUCUGUCAAGGUUCAGACCGCCUCUGCUAUCAUGUUGACUGCCUCCCUGGUUCUAAGAUUGUCAGUGACUCCAACGGCCCCUGGUACUGUGAUGCUGGUCUCUCCAAAAAAGACAUAACAGGAUCCGCUCUAGUGAUGCGGAACAGCGAAAACUUUAAGCGGGAGCCUUUAACUCUUGCAGCUGUAGCUACAGCCGCAGCCACCGGACUCGGCGUUGUUGCAGACGUACUUGGAGUAGUCGGGUUCAUCUUUGACCGCGUGGAGUCUGCACAAACAACGGCACAGCUUAAUGAAAUACAAGAUCAGAUUCGCGCGCUAGACACGAAGGUAAACGAGUUGACACAAAGCGUCAGUGACUUACAGUUGGGGCAACAAUACCUUCAGCAAGUCAUCCUGUACGGCCGCGAUGAGCGACGGCUAAAUAACAUGCUGGACACUCUCGCUAACAUGCAAGUCAGCAACGGACAGUACACAGCAGCGUACAAUACCGUAGCCUGGGCAGACAGCGUCCUGAGCUUUGGUUCCGAUGGGGUUCGGGAGGUAUUGAACAAUCUGUUGAAUAUGGUGAAGCCACAGUCAUCACUCUUCGCCGGAAAAUCUCUCUUUGAAAUCUAUCAUCAACAACUGCAAGGGAACCUCGUUGAGUACAGAGAGAAGAUGCCACGGAAAGUCACGCAGGUCUAUUCGCUAAUUGGAGGUGGAUACGCUGUCUGGAUUACAGCCCUCCGAAUCAAGGGACGUACAGGUGAAAUUCCGGCCAAGAAAGACGAGGCAGUACAAGCACUUAACAGUUUGACACCAAGCCUGGAAAAGUACUUUGUCUAUGGUACUUGUCCCUCUGGCUGGAACCGGCAUGCCAGGACGUGCUACAAAGCGUUUACCCUUUCCAAGACCUGGGUUGAUGCUUCCGCACACUGCAGCAACCAGGGGCGAGGCGGGAUGUUGGCAAUGGCAAAAGACAGCGGCACCAACAGCUUCCUCAUCAACCUCAAGAAUGCUGCAAGUACUGCAUCGGGGUUCUGGUUUGGGCUGAAUGAUAGGGCAUCAGAAGGUAGCUAUAAGUGGCCUGAUGGUUCCUAUCUUGGGUCUUACAAAUACUGGUCACCAGUCGAGCCAAACAAUGGGGGAAAGAAUUGGUGGGGCACUCCCCUGGGUAACGAAGAUUGUGUGGAGUUUUUCAGGAAAGGGUGGAGAAACAGCAACUGGAACGAUGUUAACUGUGGACAAAGACGAUACUUCCUCUGUGAAAGGAAACCAAAUGGUGAGUAAACGUCUUCAAUCAGAUACAAGGGGCUGAUUCUGGUGAUAGUUGAAUUUCCAGAACUUUUUUCUAUGUACUUGCUACAUAUAAAAGUCAAAUACGCAAAACUCAGAAUGAUUCCAACAAGCUUAUCAUGAUUGUAAUAUCAUACCACAGCUAAACAUUGGAAGUUUUGUUUAAUUCGCACUUACUGCAACAAGCAAUUAGAUCAUGUUAUGAAUGGCGACUUACCUAAAUACUAUAAUUGAAAAUCAUCACCAGGUGUAACAUUUUACACGUACGUAGCUUUAUAGAUAACUUCUAUUCAUGUGGUUUUCAUUGUCGUCAUUUCAGGACUCUAAGUGCCCAGCAAACCGUCCUGAAGUGAUUCCUGCCCUUGAUGCAAAUGGAUUAUCCUUUUUUUUACUACCACUUCAUAUCAACUUUCACUUACAUAUUGGCAUUUAGUAAUCUCUUUGUUUCUUCCAACCAAUUGCAGCUAUUCAAAUUCUCCUUUUUAAUUCCCAAAUUGAAAUGCCAGCCCAUGAGUCAAGUAUCAGGUACUGAUGGGUAAGAAUUUUUAAAAUAAUGAUCAGGAAUCACAUUCAAGUAAACGCAGAUCUUGAAAACAUUUCUAUUGGAACUGGAAAAAACGGGGAGGUUAACCCUUUAGUACUUACACAGAAUGACUUAGAGCCAUGAGAAAGUGUUCAGGAAACUCUCCUUUGAACUAUAACUGAACUAUAAUAAUUACACUGAUACAUUGUUCAAAUCUAAGCCGACUUCCUUUAACUUAAACCCUACCCUUGCAAAACGUUGUUCUGGAAUCAAUUUGAAACUGGAAAAAAGACUCUUGAAGGCAAACUCUUAAGAGCCUUGGGGGUGUGUUCAGGAAACUCUCCUUUGUGCAAUGACUAAUCAAACCUAAUCCGUUUGUAGACCUGCCCAUAUUCAGAUGUUGAAAAUAUUUCUCUCGAAACACGAAAACUUUAAUCUGAACUCUGCUGCAAAAAAUAACUGUUACAAUGUGCAAAGACUGUAAUCAGCAGGACCCAACCUACUGCUCAAAUCUAAACCGUUUCCUUAGACCUGUCCAUCUUUAGAUGUUGAAAAUAUUUGUCUUGAAACACCAAAAGACUUAAAUGUCAGAACUCGACUGCACUCGUAUAACAACUGUGAUUUGAACUUCACAGUGCAAACAUAAAACUGUUUGAGAGCCUCGAGAGUGUGUUCAGGACAUUCUCCUUUGUAGGAAAGAACUGUCUUGAAACUCGAAAAAAAUUGUCACAGUGAUUUGAACUUCUGCCUUGAGAAACUCUCAUUUGUACAAUGUGUAAAGAUUAUGUUGCGUGGCACACAGCCCUUGAAAACUCUUUAGCUUCAGCCAUUAUUUCAUCCUUGAAUAUGAUCGAUGUCACGCAUGUAUCAAAUGGUUGAAGGUUUUGCCAACUAAAUCUUAUAACAACAUUCGGAUUGCGAGUUCACUUCACGUUUUUGAAGGCAACAAGAUAGCAUCAUGAUUUCUUCACUCCGUGCUAAUAUAUGCAUGUGAACUAGAUCAUAUAACCUGUGACGUAUGUCACAGUUUUUUUACAUUUUAUCAUCGCUUAACUAGAUGCAAGCACACAAUGUCCUUCUGAUGACAAAAAUCGUACCAAGGUUACUUGAUGAAAAGUCGACAACAUUCAGUUUGUGGGUUUUCCUGAACUUCUGGAAGGCAGGGAAUUUAGAAAUUGUGAUUUUGUUACAGAGGUAGACGCUGUGCAGAUAAGAAAUGCAUAUGUAGGACUCCGCUUUUUUCAUUUUAUUCUUAACUAAUCAGCUACGGGCACACAAUGUCCUUCUGAUGACAGAACUCAUACCAAGAUUACUUGGUGAAAACCUGGCAACACUCAAAUCAUUGGUUUUCUUCAUGUAUGGAAAGCUGCAAGUUUAGGAAUGGUGGUUCUGUCAAAGAAGUAGACGCUGUGUCGAUAGGAUAGUGACUUUAGUUUUUCAAUUUAAUCAUAGCUUAAUUAGAUACAGGCACACAAUGUCCUUCUGAUGACCAGAAUCAUACCAAGAUUACUUGGUGAAAAAUUGACAACACUCAGUUUGUGAGUAUUCCUAGUUUUCUGGAAGGCAGCAAGUUUAAGAAUGGUGAUUUCGUCAAAAGAGGUAGACGCUGUGCAGAUAGGAGAUACAUAUGUAGGAUAAGUUUCUUCGUUUUAUUUUUAUGUAAUCAGAUACUGGCGCACAAUGUCCUUCUGAUGACAGAAAUCAUACCAAGAUUACUUGGUGAAAAACUGGCAACACUCAGAUCAUUGGUUUCUUUCAAUGUAUGGAAAGCUACAAGGAAUGUUGAUUCUGUUAAAGAAGUAGACGCUGUGCCGAUAGGAUAGUGACUUAAGUAUUUCAAUUUAAUCAUAGCUUAAUUAGAUACAAGCAUGCACACAAUGUCCCUCUGAUGACAGAAAUCAUACCAAGUGUACUUGGUGAAAAACUGACAACACUCAGUUUGUGAGCUCUCCUAGCUUUUUGGAAAGCUAUAAGUUUUAGAAAUUCUGAUUAUGUCAAAGAGGUAGACGCUGUGCUGUAGAGUACGCAUAUCUAGGUUAACAUAAUGACUAUAGACUGAUUUACUUAACAUGUAACGUAGCUUGCACAGUCAACUUGUUUGAUACUUGUUCUGCAACAUCCUCAGACACACCAUCCUAAAAUGUGGGUACUACAUUGAUUGAUGAAGAGAAAAUUCUGACCUGUAGCGCUAACAGUCAUUAUAAAUUCUUACAAGUUCUUGUUGAAAACAGGUUGACUGUGCAGCAAUGGUCACAAUGGUAAUGCCAUGAAGAUCCUUAUCUCCAAUCAGUUGUGUGGCUCUGUGUUGUUUGCCUUUUUGAUAGUGGAUUGUGGGUAAGGUCAAAGGUAAAUCGUUGAUAUAAAAACAAAUAUCCAGCAGUCGAGGAAAAAACUGUAUUCGACUAGAAAUUUAUACAUAUAAAAAUGUGCAAGUCAAACCAAACCCAUACAUCUUCAACUUAAUCCUCAUACUUAACUUCACAACAAGGGAAAUUUGAUUUAUUUCUAUAUAAUGAAAAAAACAGGGAUGGCUUGAAUUUCAACAGCGUUGGCACUGAACCCAUUUACCCCAAAACAGAAAAUAUUUUGAAAACAUUAGAUCAUGAUAACUGCAGGGCAGAAUGAGAUAAAUUUGAGGCCAAUGCUGUGGUUACCUAAUAAGACAGAUAUUUUGUCCACCACAUCAGUCUCGUACUAUGUGCUGAGUUGUUUACAAAAGGAACUUCUUGGUGUUUAUCAUUGAGACCCAUGCUAAGAUUUUGCUACUUUGUUUUUCAUAUAUAUCCGGAUAUCCAUAAGUAACGUUAAUAAGAUAGACCCCAGUUCUGUGCAGUUAAAAAAUCUAACACUGCAAAAUGAAAGAACGUUUCUUGCAGUAUUCAAAUGCACUGUACAUCAAUGACGUCAGCAGAUUUGUAAGAUCAUGUUAUCAGUAGAUGGAUGGAAGGAGGAGAUAUUGAAGAACCUUAAUUUGUGACAUGUGAAAACAUCCUAUUUGUGGUAGCAAAGCACGUGGAUGUGUCAUCCAUUAUCACAAGUAUGUGACUGGCUUGAUUAAGCGAUGACGCAAAGAUUGUGGUGAUAAAGAUCAUGAACUAUGGGCUGGUUUGUUCCAGUCACAGAGGAAUUACAUAAUGAAGACCAAGUAAUUAUAAAACAAGGAAGUCUGUAAGCAAGUAACAACCAAGCAGCUCCCAGCACUUUUACAUGUACAUCUGCUGUAUUUCAUUGAGACUGGUGAUGUUAAGGAAACAAAUUACUUUGUUGUACUUUUAUUUUGGAAAUUCUGCAUUAAAGUAAAAUGCUUCUGGCUA